AUGACUGAUGCACCGUUUCCCCCUUCGAGUGGAGCUCGAGCUGCUGCUGCUCUUCCUCUGUCCACCUCAUACUCCGGCCCAACCAUCUCGUCAAUCCCCCGCCGUUCAUCCUACGCCUCCGUCCUCUCUGGGACCGCUUUUUCUCCUCCAGAAUUAACCAACAGUCCCUUCUCGCCUCUGCUGCCCUCCACCUCCACCUCCUCGUAUCCCCCGCCUUUCCUUGCCGACGGCCGUCCGUGGAGGCCCUCCUCCGCCGCCGUGGAUGCCGCAGACAUGCAGAUGAACUCGUCCUGGAGGACCUCCUCCGCCGAACCCCUUCCUCCCUACUCUCGCAAAUUCGCCAACUUCCCUCGCUCCGAUCCCCUCUUCCACAAUACCGCCGGCUUCGCCGACCCCGUCUCCUCCUUCACCCCCUCCUACCUCCGCAACUCCCGCUACAUCUCCCGCCUCGAUGCCGCCCGCCGCGCAAAGUUCGCCUCCCAGCGUGAUGCCGCCACCUCGGCCGCGACGUCGCAUCCGCUGUCCGCCUCCUCCAGCCAGGCCAGCUUGCCGCGGAUAGCUCCGUCCCACCGCGGGAUGACGUAUGAGAUCAUCGAGCGGGAGGCCCCCGGCGAGGACGACAACCUCCUACCGCUGCCGUCCCGGUGGAGCGACGCCGACAAAUAUGCCGGUCUGGAGCUGACCAAUGGAGGCUUGGAGGCUCGGUAUACGGGUCCGGUGAACAAACAUGAACAUGAGGCGGCGACCGUGCGGGCGGACAAUCCCAUGCCGCCCCAGUGCGGCAUGUACUAUUUCGAGAUAACCGUUCUCUCCAAACCGAAAGAGGGGAUGGUCGGAAUCGGGUUCUCCAGCACGAAAGCGUCUGUCGAAAGGCUCCCCGGGUGGGAGCCCGAAUCGUGGGCGUAUCAUGGCGACGACGGCAAAUCCUUCUUCGGGGAGAGUCAAGGGCAAGGACGGCAGUAUGGACCGACGUUCGGUGCCAACGAUACUGUCGGAUGUGGCGUGAACUUCUCGACGGGAUGUGCCUUUUUUACUAAGAAUGGCGUUUUUCUGGGCAAUGCAUUCCGCGAGCUACGAAAUGUGAAGGUCUACCCCUCUGUGGGCAUGAAGAAGCAACCCCCGGUACAUCUGGCCGCCAACUUCGGACAGCAACCGUUUAUGUUCGACAUUGACGGCAUGGUGAAGAAAGAGAAAUUCUCCAUCCAUAACGAGAUCCGCUCCACUAGCACCGCCAACUUGCAACCUCCCUUGGACGAGACUGCUUUAUUACAGGAGCUGGUUGCGCAGUUCCUCGCUCACGACGGCUACGUCGAGACCGCCCGGGCCUUCGCCGAGGAGGUUGCUGCGGAGUCCGCGGCGCUAGAGAAUGGCCACAAGGAACCGCUCAAGAAGUACGAAGUGGAGGAGGAUGUGGAAGCGAUCAACCGACAGAAAAUUCGCGCCGCGAUCCUCGAGGGAGACAUUGACAAGGCCCUGAAGUACACCAACGCCUACUACGCCAACGUCCUCCACGACUACCCCCACAUCAACUUCAAACUCCGAUGCCGCAAAUUCCUCGAGAUGAUGCGCCGCUGCAACGAGCUCUCAUCAGCGGCAUCCAAGCGCAGCAAACCGUCCAACGGGCUCUCAGACAGCAGCGCCGUCUUCGACGAGGAGAUGGAACUCGACGAGCAGGGACAAGACACUGCCGGAUGGGACAUGGACGGGAUGGACACCGAAGAGCCUGAGAGCACGGUCAAGUUCCACGAGCUUCUCACCGAGGCCGUCCAGUACGGGCAACAGCUACGUAUGGAUUAUCCGACGGAUGAGCGUGGCGGCGAUAAGAAGAUGCUGGAUGACAUCUUCUCGCUGGUGUGCUAUCCGGAUCCGAAACGGUCGGUGCAUGGCCACUAUUUGGAUCCGGCGGGAAGGAUUGCUGUUGCGGAGGAGUUGAAUUCUGCUAUUUUAGUAUCCCUCGGCAAAUCAUCAUCCGCGGCAUUGGAACGCUUAUACCAGCAAACGGAAGCACUGGUGAACGAGGUCAGCGAAGAGGGAGGCGCCGGGGCGUUUAUCAACGUGCGUAAUGAUUUUCUGCUAUGA